UCGUAUCCUCCGAUGGGGGGGAGGGGAGGAAGAUGGCGCCGUCGAAUGUCCUGAGGUGUUGUCAGCGGGUGGUCGGGUGGAUCCCUGUCAUUUUUAUCACGCUCGUUGCCUGUUGGUCUUACUACGCUUACGUGGUAGAAUUAUGCAUCUUUACCAUCCGGACCAUUGGAGAAAAAGUUAUCUACCUUGUGGUGUUCCAUCUAUCUUUUGUCAUGUUUGUGUGGUCCUAUUGGAAGACCAUUUUUACAUGCCCAGCCAAUCCAUCAAAAGAGUUCAGAUUGGUCAAAACCGACAAGGAACAGUAUGAUCGGGAAGACAGACCAGAAGCACAGCAAGAAAUUCUCAGAAGAGCUGCCAAAGAUUUGCCUCUUUACACCAGAACUGCAAAUGGAGCCAUCAGGUAUUGUGAUAGGUGUCAAGUAAUUAAACCUGACCGAUGUCAUCAUUGUUCUGCCUGUGACAUGUGUGUAUUAAAAAUGGAUCAUCAUUGCCCUUGGGUGAAUAACUGUGUGGGAUUUUCGAACUACAAAUAUUUUAUGCUUUUUCUGGCAUAUUCUUUGUUAUAUUGUUUGUUCAUUGCGGCAACUGUGCUACAAUAUUUCAUCAAGUUUUGGACAGGUGAUCUGCCAGACACUCAUGCAAAAUUCCAUGUCUUGUUUCUUUUCUUUGUGGCGGCCAUGUUCUUCAUCAGUUUACUAUCGCUCUUCAGUUAUCACUGCUGGCUGGUCAGCAAAAAUAGAUCUACAAUAGAGGCUUUCCGCGCGCCAGUGUUCCGAAAUGGCCCUGAUAAAAAUGGAUUUAGCCUUGGAUUUACCAAAAAUUUAAAACAGGUGUAUGGAGAUCAAGGGAAAUACUGGCUUCUGCCUAUUUUUACAAGCCUCGGUGAUGGGUGUUCUUAUCCAACUCGCCUGGUCAGUCAAGAUCCAGAACAACCCAACACAAUUAACCACGUUGAACCUGCCAAAAAUAUUGCAGAUGGACAGUCACUUCCUCCUAGACCACUGAGUGAAUCUCAAAAUCGAUUGUUAGGAGGGACUGAUCAGCACUGGAUAGAUGAGGAAUCAGAUGAAGAAAGUUCCAAAGGGGUUCCAAAUCAAAAUGCUGCAGUUUCAAUAGAAGAGGAAUCUACAAAACAUUCAACAUAAGAUGUUUCUGGUACAUGAUGUUGAGACUGCAAUGCCGCUCACUUCUGUGGAAGAGGAAACUGUUAGAAGCUGGAUUCUGAUGACAUAUGAACAGCUUGUGUAUCAGAUUUUUUGUGCUUAUGAAAAGACAUUCACAGUAAUUGUUGGGAAAGGCAAUAAAUUAAAAUCAAAAUCGAUUGUUGCCUUAAAUAAUAACUUUAUAUGAAGGACCCACAGACACUCUGGUAGUCAAUACAGAUGUAACCAGGGUCCUAGAUUACCAAGCCACUAGUCUUCUCUAUGUCUGUAUGAACAGAUCACAAGACUAUGAUAAUCUGUAUCCUACAACACAAUAGUCUUACAGUAGGUAGUCUGCGGUUAUGAUUUGAAAUAUCCAAUCACAAAGCUAUAUUUUCCUUAUUUAAUUGGAUGUCUAGGUGCAAGUAUCCAGUCAGAUGACUUGAUUUUAACCUUUACUUAACUGCCAGGUUAUAGUGUUAUAGGAUAUAAAAGGCACUGAAGGAAGUUAUAAGUAUAUUAACGUUUUUUAAAUAAGCAAUAUAUAUAUAAGAUGUACAACAUAUAUGAGGGAUGCAAGGGACUAAACUGUAUAAUAGUUUAAUUGUAUUUUAAAAUAACUGAAGCCUGUAAGCUGUAACAUAAAAUCAAUUGCUGAUGCAGGUCUGUAUUUUAAUCAAGCAAAAGCCAAUAAUCUUGAGGGGAAGUGUGCUAUUACUUCUCUAAAUUUAUGCAAGAAAUUUUGAAAAACAGACUUUCUGCACUAAUGUUUCAUGUCCUUGUAUGUAUAUUGUUAAUCAGAGCUGCUGUUUACCAAAGAGCAGUUACUGUUUAUUAAACACUUUAUUUAUUGUAGGCUCCAAAUGAACAAUGGUUUACAAAUGCUAUAAGGGUUUAGGUUUUCCUUUUUUAUUUGUGGUCAAGAUUAUUAGCUAUCUUGUUUGCGAGCUGUCAAUUUUUUUACAUGCCCUAAUGGUUUUUAUUUUGCAUAGUAGCAGUCAUUUACAUUCAGUAAACGACAUAUAGUAGCCACCAAUUGAUCGAGACAUAAAUCAAAAAUGGUUUGGGAAGGGGAUGCUGAUUGAUUAAAAAUGUAUUAUAGUAGACUAUAUACUUGGUGAUUCAACAUUUCAGUGUCUUGAACAGUUGAUGUAAGCACUGCUAUGUACAAUAUAUGAAUACUCUAUCCUUUUUUUAAAUUGAAAAAGUUGCAAUUGACAUGCAACCAAACAAAACUGUAUUAGAAAUGAGUGCACCUGGUGAGAUUGGAGGGGAAAGAGAUUCUGAUUCAGAGCUGAGAUGCUGGAUCCCUUAAUUGAUUUGUAGCUUGCCUCAAGGGUUGUCUUGUUACUGUGCUUACCCUGAAUUAUUAGUUGUGGUAUGUGAAUUGGAAAGUUCAUCAAGGUGUAUCACUCAAUCAUGUAGUGCAUCCUCAGUAUACAUGUUAUGCUGUGUGUAGUCCAACUUGGUUUCCAUUACUAAGGUAAGUUGAAUGUAUUUUACAGCCAUUGUAAUGUAUGUUCUCACAAUUUCAGCGUUGGAAUAUUUAAGCUUCAACUUAUUUAUCAGGGCUCUGAUGCAUUCUUCAGACAAAAACAUGCUUGUUACUAAAGUGACAUUUUUAAUAUGGUAAUUAUUACCAUUGUGUAUAAGAUCUGUGACAUAAGCAUUAAGUGGAAAAAUCUUAUGCAAUCAUGAAAGUUGUGACAGUAUUAAGCUAACAAAUAGGUUUAUCCCAGAAAAAAAUCCAAAUUGAUUAUCCAAAUAAGAAUGUCAAGAUUGUUUGAAUAUAGUUUAAAAUAAAUUGAAAUAUAAACAAGUGGUUUGCACUUUUUCAUAUCAUUGUCGGCUUCUUUUCUCCCCCAUCUUUUGUGCUUAUAGACAAUUAAAAUUUGUCUAUGAAAUUUAUCCUGAGGACAGCCAUGUUUCUGUAACAUUUUCUUUAUUAAUAAUUGAAACCAAUGUAAACAAAUUAGUGUCAGUGGACAAGGAUGAAUGACAUUUUACUUAGCAUAUUAUGCAAACAUUUAAGCUGUAUGUUUUAUUUUUCCUCCAAAGGAUAGCCAAAUUAAAGUUAGCACGUAUAUCGCAUGCAGAAUGUGCAUGUCUUGCACCCUUUUCUGUCAUUUCUAGACUAUUGCUAAAUUGGCUACUAUUUCUUACUUUCUUCAGUCAACCCUGUCGAUAAAUGCAAAGGAUGAAUAAAAGCCAAAAGUGACUUUAAAAACUA